AUGCAGCCGAAGAACGUGCGGCUUUACUAUAAGAAGAUGUCCAAUAUUAAAGUACUCCGUGAUAUCGAUACCCAGGAAGCUCCAGAUGAUUUCUUAAACGUUAUAAAUCGGUGGACCCUCGAGUCAGUCUCUGUGGUGACUCUGGACAAGCAGUUGGGACUGCUCAAAGAGUCGGGCGAUAACGACCAGGCUGUAUUACUUUUCAAGUACCUGGACGAUUUUUUUGAAUUAACAGCCGAUCUGGAGAUGAAGCCCUCCAUCUGGCGUUACGUUAAAACACCCAAGCUAAUGAAGCUAAUGAAGUCCCUAGAUGGCGUUCAAGAAAUAACUUCAGCGUAUGUAGACGAAGCUAUAGAGCGUCUAGAGAAAGAGGCCAAGGAGGGUGUUGUCCGCCCUGAGAGCGAGCAGAGUGUACUGGAAAAGCUGCUCAAGAUCGACAAAAAGGUGGCGACGGUUAUGGCCAUGGACAUGCUAAUGGCCGGAGUGGAUACCACCUCAAGUACCUUUACAGCGGCCUUGCUGUGCCUUGCCAAGAAUCCGGAGAAGCAGGACGUCUCCGAAAAGAGGUGA